AUGCUUCGUCCACGAUACAAGCCGGACUGGGUGCCAUCUUGGGAGGGGACCGAUACGCCAUAUUGGAGUUGUGAGGAUGGGCAUGAGAAUAUGUACGACCAAACUCUAGAUGCAACUAGAAUUUCUGACGGAGCCAUGGUCCUGCUGAAGAGAGUUUCAACGUCAAUCCACCCGUAUGAGAUAGAGAUCGGACAGUUUUUUUCGUCGGAGCCGUUGGCCUCCAAUGCACAAAAUCACUGCGUCCCAAUAUAUGACGUUUUACGUGUGCCUGACAACGAAGACAUCGCUCUGCUAGUGAUGCCCUUAUUGCGUGGAUACGAUGACCCUCCCAUGCAGACGAUGGGCGAAGCAGUUGAAUUUUUCAGGCAAAUAUUCGAGGGCUUGCAGUUCAUGCAUGAAAAUCAUGUCGCCCAUCGAGACUGUAUGAACCUCAACGUCAUGAUGGACCCGAAGCCGUUGUAUCCGAAGAUGUUCCAUCCUCUCAUUCAAUUCGUCGCGCAGAACUACAAAGGGACAGCGAAGCACUACACUCGCACUGGAUGUCCCACCAAGUAUUACUUUAUCGAUUUUGGUCUAUCUCGUCGAUUCCAUCCGGAUGGGGGCCCUCCUCGGGAAUAUCCAAUCUUCGGAGGCGACAAAACCGUCCCCGAAUUUCGCAAUUCAGAUGAGCCCUGCGAUCCAUUUCCUACUGAUAUCUAUUACCUUGGGAAUCUGAUCAGGGAAGAUUUUCUCCAACGAUUCCAUGGGGUGGAGUUUAUGCUCCCGCUUGUCAAUGACAUGGUCCAAGACGAACCAGAGAGUCGACCCACAAUCCACCAAAUUGUGUCCCGUUUCGCAGAAAUUCAGAAUAGCUUGGGCUAUUGGCAACUCCGGUCAAGGCUAGUGGGACUGAAUGAGCCUCUCGUAGUACGCAUAUUUCUUGGCAUCAGACAGUUUUUUCGAACGGUUGGUUACAUUCUUACCUGGCGCUCUCCUAUCCCGUCACCGUGA